AUGUCGAAAGCUGGUGCGUUGGAUCUCGCUUCAGGUCUCGGUGGAAAGAUCGAUAAAAGCGAUGUUCUCUCUGCCGUUGAAAAGUAUGAAAAGUAUCAUGUCUGUUAUGGAGGUGAUGAGGAAGAGAGAAAAGCCAACUACUCUGACAUGCUUUUACGAGUUUGGCUGGGGGAGUCUUUCCAUUUUGCACCCAGAUUCAAAGGGGAGUCUCUUCGUGAGAGCAUUAAGCGACAUGAGCACUUUCUUGGUUUACAACUUGGCCUGAAACCUGGACAGAAGGUGUUGGAUGUAGGAUGUGGAAUUGGUGGACCUCUAAGAGAAAUCAGUCGAUUCAGCUCAACAUCAGUAACAGGGUUGAACAACAAUGAGUAUCAGAUAUCAAGGGGAAAGGAACUCAAUCGCAUUGCAGGAGUUGACAGGACUUGUGAUUUUGUGAAGGCUGAUUUCAUGAAAAUGCCAUUCCCUGAUAACAGUUUUGAUGCAGUCUAUGCAAUUGAAGCUACUUGCCAUGCACCUGAUGCAUAUGGAUGCUACAGUGAGAUUUACAGGGUACUGAAGCCAGGACAAUGUUUUGCUGCAUAUGAGUGGUGCAUGACUGAUUCUUUUGAUCCAAAUAACCAAGAACAUCAAAAAAUUAAGGCAGAAAUAGAGAUUGGUGAUGGCCUUCCAGACAUUAGGUUGACUGGACAAUGCAUUGAUGCUCUAAAGAAAGCUGGUUUUGAGGUCACGUGGUCAAAAGAUCUUGCAGUCGGCUCACCUAUGCCAUGGUACUUGCCUUUGGACAAAAGUCACUUCUCACUGAGCAGCUUCCGUUUAACAGCAGUUGGGAGAUUCUUCACAAAAAAUAUGGUCAAAGCCCUAGAAUAUGUAGGACUUGCUCCCAAAGGAAGCCAAAGGGUUCAAGAUUUUCUUGAGAAGGCUGCGGAGGGAUUAGUUGAAGGUGGAAGGAAGGAGAUUUUCACCCCACUGUUUUUCUUUUUGGCUCGGAAGCCGCAUUCAGAGAGCCAGUAA